GCCGGGUGAGGCCGCGGCAGAGGCGGAGGCCCGGCUCCCUGGGCGGCGCGCACCGCCUCCCCUCCCCCCAGCCCUGCCCUUCAGAGGCGACUUGGGCCUGCGGCCCUCGAAGUCCGUCCUCCCCGUUAGGCGGCGGGCGCCGGAGGGGAGGGGACAGCCCAGGGGGCAGGAAGCUGCAGCUUAAAAGAGCAGCCUGCGCCAGACCCUUCCUUCCUCCCUCCCUCCGUUCCCCGGCCUCCGAGAGCGCCUCUGCUCCGCGGCCUCCGCCCCGCCGCCAUGUACCGCUGCCUGGGCGAAGCGCUGCUGCUGUCCCGCGCAGGGCCAGCCGCCUUGGGUUCCGCGGCGGCCGACUCGGCCGCGCUACUGGGCCGGGUCCGCGGGCAGCCCGCCGUCGCCGUCGCCGUCGCGGCCCCGCAGCCGGGGCUCGCGCCGCCCACCCGGCGACACUACAGCGAGGCGGCGGCCGACCGCGAGGACGACCCCAACUUCUUCAAGAUGGUGGAGGGCUUCUUCGACCGCGGCGCCAGCAUCGUGGAGGACAAGCUGGUGGAGGACCUCAAGACCCGGGAGAGCGAGGAGCAGAAGCGGAACCGGGUGCGCGGCAUCCUGCGGAUCAUCAAGCCCUGCAACCAUGUGCUGAGCCUGAGCUUCCCCAUCCGGCGCGACGACGGCUCCUGGGAGGUCAUCGAAGGCUACCGGGCCCAGCACAGCCAGCACCGCACGCCCUGCAAGGGAGGUAUCCGUUACAGCACCGAUGUGAGUGUGGAUGAAGUGAAGGCUCUGGCUUCUUUGAUGACAUACAAGUGUGCAGUGGUUGAUGUGCCAUUUGGGGGUGCCAAGGCUGGUGUUAAGAUCAAUCCCAAGAACUAUACUGAUAAUGAAUUGGAAAAGAUCACAAGGAGGUUUACCAUGGAGCUGGCGAAGAAGGGCUUUAUUGGUCCUGGCAUUGAUGUGCCUGCCCCAGACAUGAGUACGGGCGAGCGGGAGAUGUCCUGGAUUGCUGAUACCUACGCCAGCACCAUAGGGCACUAUGAUAUUAAUGCCCAUGCCUGUGUUACCGGUAAGCCCAUCAGUCAGGGCGGAAUCCACGGGCGGAUCUCUGCUACUGGCCGGGGAGUCUUCCAUGGGAUUGAAAAUUUCAUCAAUGAAGCUUCUUACAUGAGUAUUUUAGGAAUGACACCAGGGUUUGGAGAUAAAACAUUCGUUGUUCAGGGAUUUGGUAAUGUAGGCCUGCACUCUAUGAGAUAUUUACAUCGUUUUGGUGCUAAAUGUGUUGGUGUUGGUGAAUCUGAUGGGAGCAUAUGGAAUCCAGAUGGUAUUGACCCAAAGGAACUGGAAGACUUCAAAUUGCAACAUGGAUCAAUCCUGGGCUUCCCCAAGGCAAAGCCCUAUGAAGGGAGCAUCUUGGAAGCUGACUGUGACAUCCUGAUCCCUGCUGCUAGUGAAAAGCAGCUGACCAAGUCCAAUGCACCCAGAGUCAAAGCCAAGAUCAUUGCCGAGGGUGCCAAUGGGCCGACAACUCCAGAGGCUGAUAAGAUCUUCCUGGAGAGGAACAUUAUGGUGAUUCCUGAUCUCUACUUGAAUGCUGGAGGAGUGACAGUAUCUUACUUCGAGUGGCUGAAGAAUCUAAAUCAUGUCAGCUAUGGCCGUUUGACCUUCAAAUAUGAAAGGGAUUCUAACUACCACUUGCUCAUGUCUGUUCAAGAGAGCUUGGAAAGAAAAUUUGGGAAGCAUGGUGGCACUAUUCCCGUUGUACCCACAGCAGAGUUCCAAGACAGGAUAUCGGGUGCCUCCGAGAAAGACAUCGUACACUCUGGCUUAGCUUACACCAUGGAGCGCUCUGCCAGGCAAAUCAUGCGCACGGCCAUGAAGUACAACCUGGGUUUGGAUCUGAGAACGGCCGCCUAUGUCAACGCCAUUGAGAAAGUCUUCAAGGUGUACAAUGAAGCUGGUGUGACCUUCACAUAGACGGAGUGUGGCUGACCUCUUCACUGCCCUCUUCACUGCCCUCUUCCCCUCUUCAUCUGCAGACUCUUCACAAGUUUACAUGUAACCACAGAAAUCUCUCUCUCUCUCUCAACUUACUAGAUAAUGGACAUCAUUGGCAACAAGUCAGUCCAAAUCAGCCCCUUUGAGAAAAAAGAAAUUAAGGUUAGGG